AUAAUGCAGGCUCACAUUGUGUACAUGGGUUCACUUCCAAAGGGGCAGUACUCACCAUUGUCUCACCACCGUAGUAUGCUACGGCAAACCGUUCAGCUGGACAGUUCUGUAGAAACAUCAUACAUCAGAAGUUACACUAGGAGUUUCAAUGGAUUUGUCGCAAAGCUCACGGAUAUCGAAAAGCAAAGGCUUUCUAAUAUGGAAGGUGUCAUCUCCGUUUUUCCAAGCAAAACUCUUCAACUUCAAACAACAAGAUCAUGGGAGUUCAUAGGUUUACAAGAAAAUGCCACACGGAAUGCCCAAGCUGAGAGUAAUAUCAUAAUCGGACUUCUAGAUACUGGAAUUUGGCCUGAAUUAGAAAGCUUUAAUGAUAAAGGUUUUGGUCCUCCUCCCAGAAAGUGGAAGGGUUCUUGUGAAGGCGGCCAAAAUUUCACAUGCAACAACAAGAUAAUUGGAGCUCGAUUUUACGGUGCCUCACGGCCGCAAUCGUCUCAGUCUGCAAGGGACAAUCAUGGUCAUGGAUCUCACACUGCCUCUACCGCAGCAGGGAACAUAGUAAAUAAUGUUGGCUUUUUUGGACUGGCACAAGGUAACGCAAAAGGAGGGGUUCCCAGUGCGAGGAUUGCAGCAUAUAAAAUCUGCCAACCGGACGGGUGUUCUGAUGAAGAUAUCUUGGCCGGUUUUGAUGAUGCAAUUGCUGAUGGAGUUGACAUCAUUUCAGUUUCACUAGGAGCAGGAGGACAAGCUGAAGCUUCUGAUUUCUUUAAUAAUUCCAUUGCAAUUGGUUCUUUUCAUGCAAUGCAGAAGGGGAUAUUAACUUCUCAGGCUGCAGGCAAUAGUGGUCCUUCCUAUGGAUCAACCACAAGUGUAGCACCGUGGUUGAUUUCUGUAGCAGCAAGUACCACAGACCGUCUGUUCGUAGACAAGGUUGUCCUUGGUGAUGGAAGAACACUAGUUGUAUGUAUCAACACUCCUAAAUCUUCUUGGAACUGCAAACCAGGGUGUCUAGACAAGACAAAGGUGAAGGGAUCGUAUGUGCUUUGUAAUUCGAAUGUUGGAGAAUCUGAGGCUUACAAUGCUGGUGCACUAGGGGUGGUUAUGAGAAAUGAACCAUAUCAAGAUGUUGCUGAUAUUGUUACAUUACCUGCAUUGCUAUUAAACGCUACAGAGCACGAUUUAGUCUUGUCCUACGUGAAUUCCACAAAAUUCCCUAAAGCAAGCAUUUUGAAAAGUGAAACUAUAAAUGAUGCGGAAGCUCCUACCAUUGCUUCAUUCUCUUCACGAGGACCAAAUUCUAUUACACCAGAUAUUAUAAAGCCUGAUUUAAGUGCCCCAGGGGUGGAUAUCUUAGCUGCAUACUCCCCACUCGCUACACCCUCGUUUAGUAGUAGUGAUCCAAGGCAUGUUCACUACACUAUUAUGUCUGGAACCUCUAUGGCUUGCCCCCAUGUUUCUGGUGCAGCUGCCUAUGUCAAGGCAUUUCACCCUGAUUGGUCUCCUUCAGCCAUCAAAUCUGCUCUUAUGACUACUGCUUACCCCAUGAGUGAUGCCAAAAGUCCGGGUCGUGAAUUUGCCUACGGAUCUGGGCUUGUAUUUCCAGUGGAAGCUGCUCGUCCAGGACUUGUUUAUGAAGCUCUAGAAGAAGACUACAUAAUAAUGCUUUGUAGCAUUGGCUAUGAUGCAAAGAAACUUCAAAUCUUAUUAGGAGAUACUAACACUGCUUGUCCUACAGUCACUGCAUCACCAAAGGAUUUGAAUUACCCUUCAAUGGCAGCUGAGGUCAUUCCAGAAAGGCCUAUAAAUAUUAUGUUCAACAGAACAGUUACAAAUGUUGGCUCCAAGAAUUCCAUUUACAAGGCAAAAAUAGUCACAAAUUCAAAACUUAAUAUACAAGUGGAGCCCGAAGUACUCACAUUCAAGGCCGUACCUGAGAAGAAAUCUUUUAUUGUAUCUGUCAGUGGUAGAGUGCCAGUUAACUCAAGGCUAUCCGCAUCACUGGUGUGGUCUGAUGGCAUUUACAGUGUGAGAAGUCCAAUUGUUUUGCACGCCCAAAAAGUUAGAGCCUAAUUGGAAUAGAAUCAUUAUAAGCUUGCCAUAACAAACUCCGACUUCUACAAAUAGGUCAUUCUUCCUUCCAAUAAAAUUUUAAUGUAAAACUCAA